AUGGUUGACGUUGUGUAAAUUUAAGAUGUAAUUAUCUAUGAAGUGCAAAAUGUUUAACUACUUGCAGUACCUAACAAAGGAGAUGUUUAGACAGUUUUUGAGAAUGAUACUCUUCAAGUGAUAUAAAAUGAAUAACAAGAGAUCUUCAUUAAAGUUAAUAAUUUUCAAUAUUAGCUUUUUUAGGAAACUCCAAUAUAUCUUACAGCUUAUUAAACUCAUCGCAGUUAUAUUUUCCCUUGUAUUUAAGUAAAUUAUGCGGUGCUUUUGAGUAAUAAUACACCUAACUAUGAAGAUAUUUAUGACUGUUUAGAUUAAAUUCUUUCAAGCUUAUCUAAUCUAAUUUACAAUUAAGGAUAAAAGGAGCAAAAGCUAGAUAGUAUUAGAAAAUCUCAAAUACUUCUCAAAAGUAGUGAGCAAAAUUUAACUCCUGAAGGUGAGAAUUAAAUUUAAGAAUACUAGACUCCUAUGGGUGAUGAUAAAAGCUAUGAUAACCAUACACCUUAAGGGAAUGAUGAAGUUGAAAUGAUAAAUGAUUAAAUUAAGAAUAAUCAAAGUAUUCAAGAAUAAUAACUAUAAAUGAAAUUAGUUUAACAAUCGCAAGAACUUUAAUAAAAAAAUAGCUAAUAAGAAGAUAAUAAAAAAAAUCCAUAAUCUAGUAAUUCAAUAGCAAAGUAUAUUGGAUUGGGAGGAUCUUUUAUUAGCAAAGGGAUUUAAGUUGGUGCUGGAGUAGUGCAUUCAGGAAUUCAAAUGACUGGUAAUUUUUUUGAGAAAAAAAUAAAAAAAAACAAAGAUAUUAAAGUUAGUAAUUCUACUAAAAAUGCUAUUAAAUUAAUUAAAACCUUCAGUGGUAGAGUUAUUGAGGUAACUAGCCUUGCUGCUUCAUAAAUAAUAAAUGCAUCUAUUAAAAUAAGUUCUAUGGCGAUUAGUGCUAUAACCAAUAAAAUAGAUGGACCUUCUGCAAAAACUUAAAAUUAAAGUUUUUAAUAUCUAAGAGGUGUAGCUUAAGCAUCGUUAUAAGCUACUUCGAGUAUUUUAGAUAACCUUGAUCAAGCAGCAGAUAAAAUAGGAAAAUAAAUAAAUGAAUCUGUUACCUAAGUUGUUUAAAAAAAAUUUGGAGAUGAUGCAGCGGAAAUAGUCAACGAUGGAGUUUAAGUUGCUCUAAAUGUAAAUGGUGCUUAUAGAAAUAUAAACUAACUUGCUGUAUAAAAGGUGAUGAUAAAAACUGCUAAAGAAUCUAUUAAGCAAGUUAUAUGA